AUGAGGAAGCGCAUAUUCAUCCUCGGUCCCUCCCAUCACGUGAGGCUUAGCGGCUGCGCGCUGUCAUCCCUAGACAAGUAUUCUACACCUCUAUACGACCUCAUCAUAGACAAACAGAUUUACGCAGAGUUGGAAGCGACGCGACAGUUUGAGUGGAUGGAUGUAAAAACGGAUGAAGAGGAGCAUUCUAUAGAGAUGCAUUUACCUUACAUAGCUAAAGUUAUGGAGGAAUAUAAGACUGGAUUCACUAUUAUACCUAUACUGGUCGGUUCUUUGACCCCUGAGAAGGAAGCAAAAUAUGGCGCCAUCCUCGCCCCAUACUUGGCUGAUCCUCAGAAUCUGGUUGUGAUCUCAUCCGACUUCUGUCACUGGGGCUCUCGCUUCCGGUACACGUGGCGUGAUAACUCCCGCGGCCACAUCCACCAAAGCAUCGAGUGGCUCGACAAGCAGGGUAUGGAUAUAAUUGAGAAAAUGGAUCCCCGUUCCUUCACGGAGUAUCUUAGCAAAUACGGGAACACAAUUUGUGGAAGACAUCCCAUAGGAGUCCUAUUACAGGCAAUAUCGAAACUUCAAAGUCAAGCCAAUUGUCCCAGGAUGGCGCUGAAGUUCUUGAAGUACGCCCAAUCCUCGCAGUGUAUGUCCACCCACGACUCCUCGGUAUCAUAUGCGAGUGCUUCCCUGGUUGUCGAAUAGUGGGCCCGGUUUCACAAAUAAACAAUAUGUGUUAGAUUUAAGUUUAUUUGCACUUAUAUGGUCUGAAA